AUGAAGAUGAGGCUGGAGCUCUUCCUGCUCAUCGCGGCUGUGUGCUGCACUGCCGGCAAGCCGCUGAGCAAGGCAGUGGGGAGGAACAAGCUGCUGCUCAUCUCCUUCGACGGCUUCAGGUGGGACUACGACCAGGACGUGGACACGCCGAACCUGGACCAGCUGGUAACGGACGGGGUCAAGGCCAAAUACGUCACCCCCCCAAUGCUGACCAUGACCUCGCCGUCCCACUUCACCACCAUCACUGGGAGAUGGGUGGAGGAUCACGAAGUCGUUCACAACAUGAUGUACAACGCCAAGACAAACCAGAAAGUUCCUCACAAGCAGACUCUGAGCAGAUCAGAGUGGUGGGACAACGGAGUUCUACCGUUAUGGAUCACAGCUCAGAACCAGGGUCUAAAAACCGCUUCCUUCUACUACCCAGGAGGCGGGGCCAACUACAGCGGCCAGGCGGUCAACCGAGCGCUGGUGGAAGCAUUUGACCACGUGGACGACAACGAGACCGAGUGGCGUCAGAACAUCGACAUGGUGAUGAGCUGGUUCUCCGAAGAAGACUUCCACCUGGUGACGCUGUACUACGGAGAGCCGGACAAUGUGGGCCACGCCAAAGGGCCGGACACUCCAGACAGGAAGAAGAUCAUCCAGCAGAUCGACCGCAUCAUCGGCUACCUGAGGGAGGCCAUUACUCGCCAUAAACUGACCGACAGCCUGAACGUCAUCCUUACCUCUGACCAUGGCAUGACCACCGUCAAAAAGCGACCGCAGGUGGACGAGAUCAUCCUCAACAAAUACCUUAAUUUACUCAAGCUCGCCAGCUUCGAGAUCCUCGACUACGGUGGCUUCGGCAUCCUGACGCCACGUCCGGGGAAGGAGCAGGAGGUUUUCGACGCUCUGUCGAACGCACCGAAUCUGACGGUCUACAAGAAAAACGAGCUUCCUGAGAGCUUCCGCCUGGCCAAAAGUGAGCGGCUGCCUCCCAUCGUGAUCGUCGCAGAUCUGGGAUUCAACCUGAACUCUAGAUUCAUCGUCUACGUCAACAAAGGCGAUCACGGCUACCACAAUGGAGAGAUGGACAUGAAGACCAUCUUCAGGGCCUUUGGACCCGACUUCAAGAAGAACUUCCUGUCUGAGCCGUUCGACAGCAUCCACGUUUACCCUCUGAUGUGUAAACUGCUGCAGAUCGAACCGGCGCCACACAACGGAUCACUGACUGUAACGGAGAACCUACUGCUGCACAGCGGUAAGCCCGACUGUCAUCUGUUUCAUUAUUUAUUUGUUCUCGGGGCAGCUGAAGUGUCCUUGAGCAAAUUUCUCCUGAUGCUUCAUGAUGCAUGAAUGUUAGUUUGUAGUGUGACAUGUAGUGUAAAAGCACUUUGAGUGGUUGGAAGAUUAGAAAGGUACUGUUUACAGUUUAUUUAAUAGGGAUGUCACAAUCAGAUUCAACUGAUCGACAUCGGGUAUAUUGUGCACAAAACCUAAGUUCUGUUGUUUUGAAAUGUUCCAGUAAAUUACCUCAACCAGCAGCCGUAAAACGGACUCCAACAUAAUCCUCGGGAACAAAUGUGCCAUCAGAGUGCGUCCACUAAAAGUAGUUUCUGCCACUGACAGACUCAGGUUGUUAUUGUCAGUGUCUGACAGAUUAUGAAAGGAUCCCCUACAGAGAUAGACCUUUAGUUUAACCACAAACAGCCGUAAUAUCAC